CUUUUUUGCCGCGGUUAAUUUUUUUAAAACUUCUUCAUUCUUGUCUAUUCUCGUGACUAAACAUGUUGAUUUCAUAUUAACGCAAGUGAUAGUGUCGAUAGUGUGCCUUUAAAAAUUUUCACUCGGUUAACUUUUAACGCGGAUCGGUAUAUUAGUUGCUAUUUUACCUGAGACUAUUGUUUGAUAUUUUUAAUAAUAAAGUUUUUAAAUCUUGUAAGAAGACGGGAAUAUUCCAGUCAUUUGCAAGACAAAAUUGGUGUUCUUUAGUUAAUCCAAAGCACGAUAAGUAUUGUUCAUUUUUCAACUCUUCCAACAUGUAUUGGACCCCAAACCAUGAGGACGAUGAAGAAGAUAACCAAGAUUUUAGUUUUGGUGGCCGCGAGGGCCUGUUGGCACUUGUAGAUUGUGCUCAGUAUAUGUUUGAAGAAAAUCCUGGUAAUGGCACAUGCCGAUUUAGAGAAACGCUAAAUUUUAUCGAAGCCAUCAUGAAAAAUAAAAUAGUUACCAGUGAAAAGGAUUUGAUUGGGAUAGUAUUUUUCAACACGGAGCACAGUCCAGCACCACAGGAUGAGAUUGAGCUUGAGGCAGGCAUGGUUGUGCCAAAACAGACGGCUAUCUUUUUGCCAAUGACAACUCCAUCGGCAGAUUCCAUCCGGAAGAUAAUGAAUUUUCGUGACUCAGACGAUCUGUUCGAUUUUGAUCGAAAAUUCGGACACUCACAUGGAACCAAUCUUGCAGACAUAUUAUGGUUAUGUUCUCGGAUGUUUACUCGAUGCGGCUACAAAUUAGAGCAAUCCAGCAUAGUACUUUUCACAUCAAAUGAUGAACCUCACAAGGCCGGCAGUUACGAAUACCAGCAAUGUUUUAUCAAAGCCAAAGACUUGCAACAGCUGGAUGUGAACGUUGUUCUUGUACCUAUGCAAAAUGAAUUUGAUAAGCUCAAAUUCUAUCAGGAAUUUCUAUGUACCGUGGCAAGUGAAGACCCCGAUCAUUUCAAUUUUCCACAUUAUGAAGAAAGUAGAGAAAGGCUCUUAAACCGCAUUUUCAGGCGUGACUUUAAGAAAAGGGCCCUUUCGCACUUGAAGUUCAAGCUUGCGGAUAGCAUAGCUUUUGGUGUAAACGUUUAUUCAUUGUCAAGGAAAACAAAAUUUCCCAAUAAAAUCGAUCUAUUAAGAGAUACAAACGAAGUGAUCGUGUGCAAAAGAUCAUAUAAAACUGUUUCUGAGAACUCUGAUGCAGAAAAUGAUAGCAACUAUCUUUUACCAGGCAAUCAAAGGAAAACGCUUUCAAUUGGUAACGAAAAAGUAAGUUUUACGGUUGAUGAAGUUACCAAUAUGAAGCAAAUGCUAGAACCAAGCAUUCGCCUACUAGGAUUUAAACCACUCACCAAAGUGUCACCAAUGUAUCACAUUCGUAGUCCAUUGUUUCUCUAUCCAGACGAAGCUGGAAUCGCUGGGUCUACAGUUAUUUUCAGAGCGCUCUACGAAAAAUGCCUAGCGAAGCAAAAGGCAGCCUUCUGUAUGCUUACCAUGAGACGAAAGCAACCCUCCAAGUUGGUGGCGCUCAUUCCACAGGAGUGCUGUUUCGACGAUGAUGGUGAACCUUUUCGUCACAGUGGAUUUAGAAUUGAAUUUAUCCCAUAUGCUGCUGAUAUUCGUGCGUUGGAAGUAUUCGAUCGACCUGCUCCAGAAAUAUCAAUAGAACAAGUGGAUAUCUUCAAAUCUGUGGCAAAAAAGAUCAAAUUCAAAUAUCAUCCAUCACAGUUUGAUAAUCCAGUGCUUACAACUUUAUACACAAAUAUUGAAGCUUUGUUGUUCGAUAAUAGUGACCCAGUGAAGUACGAUUCAACGAAACCUGAUAACGAACGUAUCGAUUCGAAAGUAUCGCCGUUUGUGAGCACAAUUCAAGAGUUAUUCGGCGAAGACCAAGUUGGUGCUUCUAAGAAACGGGCUAAAGCUCCGGAUGCUGAGGGUCCUAACGCAAAAAUACCCAAGCUUGGCUCGGAUGCUGAUCCUACACUGAUACUUGAUGCUAUACGCCAGGGAAAGACUAAUUCAUUGCUCGUUACGACACUGCGAGCACAUCUCCAGCGAGAAGGCGUUGCGGGAAUUUCGAAAUUGAACAAGGCUGAACUGAUUGACAAAAUAAAAGAGCACCACAAUCUGUAAUAUCUGUAAUAUGUUGUUCGUUUGUUACAAAUUGUUUUAUUAAAAAUCAUUUCUUAAACUAAUCUGAAUCCAUACAUGCAUUUAUGGCACUUUACCGCAGAUGCCUUUCAUUUAGAACUUAACUUACAAAAUGCAACCGUCUUAACCUAAAUAUCACUUAAGAAAGUCGUGCUUAUUGUACGUUUCCCACUUAUUUUGAUUAAAUUACUUCGAAUCUGCUUUUUCAUGGAGCCACGGUCUAAAGAUCGGCAACGUUGACGGAUAAUGGGUUUCAGGUUUAUAAAUCGUUUCGGCCCACUCAUUUGUGUCAUCAUCGUCUCCAUUUUUGAAUGGGUAUGUACCGAGUGUUAUGGGAAGUUGCAAUUUCACUUGUUUUUCUAAUGAUUUGGGUUCAAUUAGAAA